UAUAUUUGAUUUAAGUGAAAAUAUUAAAAUGUACUUCAGUUAACAUUUACAUACUUAUUAAUAAAUGUAAAUGCUAUAGAUAGAUUUAAUGUUAAUGUUUUUCAAUGUUUCAUUUCUUUUAAACACAGUUAAACACAGUCUACUUAGAACAGCCGUCAUUAAUUGACAGUCAGUACCCACGAAUAAAUUGGUAUUAUUGUAAUUUGUAGCCAUUGGUACACUGUUACUGUCUGAUGACGGAAGCAAUAAAAAUCGUGUUUAAAAACUAAUUACAUUUUCACUAAUCACUAUAUUAAUCUAAGAUUGUGAAACGUCAUAUUUAUAUUUAAUCAUAAUGUCUUCAAAAACAUUGAAACCGAAACAUUCGGGACCUUCAACAUUAGGAAAAUUAUAUCUUAUCGCGUACAACGGUAUUCAAACGCUUGGUUGGUCUUACCUACUGCUACAAACUGCCACAUUUUUCCUUAAUCGAGGAAAGUUAGAGGACUUCUGGCGAGAAAUAAAGUGGACGGUCAUAAUAUUCCAGAAUGCUGCGUUAUUGGAGGUCGUCCACUCAGUGAUUCGUUUAGUGCCUUCAAAUGUGAUGGUUGUGUUUAUGCAGAUAUUCUCUAGAGUUUUCUUAGUUUGUGGCAUGUUGUUGGCCACACACAGCGCAACAGUUAGCCCCGGCCUGCCACUUUGCAUCAUUGCCUGGUCCAUAACCGAAAUUAUAAGAUACGCGUAUUACGCACUCAAUUUGGUUAAUUUCGUGCCACAAAUCUUGUUGUUCUUCAGAUACUCGACUUUUCUUAUUUUGUAUCCCAUCGGCAUAACCGGUGAACUUCUCUGUAUGUACCAUUCGCUGGAUGAAGUGGUCGAGAAGCAGCUGUUCACGAUCUCAAUGCCGAACACCUGGAACUUCAUCUUCAAUUACUAUUAUUUCCUAGUAUUCUACAUGUCUUUAUACAUCCCACUAUUCCCAUACCUCUUCGGACACAUGUUGAAACAGAGAAGAAAAAUGCUUGGAGACGAGACCAAAAAGACAGCGUAAUUGUAUUUAAAGAAAAUAUUAUAUAAUAUAUAUAUAUGUAUAUAUAUAUUUUUAUCAUCAUUAUUAUUAUAUUAAUAUCUAAGUUUAUUUAUUUACUAUGGAAAAAUUCUGAAACUUGAUCUAUCAUAUUGAUAGACGUUGAUAUUUCCUUGUUGAUGUCAAUAACAACGAGAUAUCUUUGUUAUAAUAUAUUGUAAUAGCUUUAUUAUCUAUUGUGAUAGAGUCAAAAAACAAUUUUUUCCAUAAUAUAUACGAUUUGUUAAUAGCUUCUUGAUUUAUACAAAAUAAAAUUAAGAGUUUUUUUUCCCAUUAUAUUUGACUCAUGCACCUACUUGGCAUGUCUUUUAUUACUGUUAAGGUUUAAGGGGCUUAAAUUAUUAUGUAAUAAAGAAUAUUUCUUA